AGAACUUAUACAAUACCAUCGGCAACUUCAACCGGGAAUAACGUCUUAAAGUUAGGUACAGAAACAUCAGAUAUAAAACUUUUUUGAGAAUGAUGGAUAAAAGGAUUUGUUUUGCUUUGGCCUGUUUGGGGCUGAGUGUCGCGGCACGUUCGACCUCGACGACGACGACGAGGAUGCCGACGAAAUUCACAAUUAACCCUUAUAGACCUCCUGCAGCCCAUCAUCAGACAAAUCCUGAUCGACGAGAUUACAGCAAUCAACCGAGGAUAAUUGAGCAAUUUAACCAUAGGAAUCCUGAUGGCAGCUACGAGUUCAGGUACGAGUUGAGUGAUGGCAACACACGAUACGAACGUGGAUACUUCUUGAAUCGCAAUAAUUCUCCAAGCCUAGUUGUUACCGGUUACUAUGCCUAUCGUUUGGACGAUGGAAGAUACACAACUGUCUUCUACAAUGCAGAUCACAAUGGCUACCGACAACAAGCCUCAACGACCUCACAAGGAUGGCCAGACCUCCCAAGGACAAUUGAUAUACAAGACGAAAAAAUUUUCAAAAGUGUAGUGUCACCAAAUGCGAUAACACAGGGUGCUGCAAAGGAUCAGAAAUAUAAUAGGAAACAAAUCUAAGUUUGAAAAAAAAAAAUGGGAUAAGUGAAUGAAUGAGGAUGGGAUAGAUUUUCUGAAUUAUUGUGUAAAAGUGUAAAUUAAUGUGGAAAAUAAUUAAAAGUAUAGUGAAUUUUAAAUAUCAA